AUGGAUGCACUAGAAGCGAGACUACAAUUUAUUCAAGUACUGAAAAGUUUGCCAAAGACUUUAAACUUAAGCAAAAAUAUCACCACGACCAGUACCCAUGGUACUCCAAAUACUAUAAAAUCCGUAGGAAACAGUAGUUCCAGUAACAGCGAUAAUCCACAAGAUCCUACAGUGUUCUACAUGAAACAUUAUCUUCAACAUUAUGAAGACUUUCAACAAUGUAUGUUGGAUACCAUGAGCAAGAUGGACCCGCUCGAUAGACUUUAUAUUCUGAUAUAUUACUCUAAAAUAAUACAUGAACUAUACAUACAUACAAUACACGUACAGAACAUAGAACAAGCUACGGACACAAGCAUAAAAUCAACUGUAGAGACUGUAUUAUACGAUCAUGUUAUUCUAGGGUUACAUACCGUCUGCGAACUUGCAUGCCCGAAGGGUGAUAUGAAAGCAUUCACUAAUUUACCUUAUUGCAUUAAUUUUUAUGACGACUUAAAGUUCCUGUUUCAAAACGCUAGCCACGGUACUAUCGAUACAGAAUUAUCUUUGGUUCAACAACAUAUUACGGAGCUGAAACAAUAUAGAGAAGAAUUAUUUGCAAGUUUUAAGCAAAAUGGAAUACUCACAUCAGAACCAUUUGAUAAUAAAAACCAGACGACGAAGAAUAACACCAAUUCGUCCGAAGUACAGGUUGUCCUCAAUAGAAUGGAGAUGGACCGAGACAGACACAAGAAGUUAAAAGAACAAAAUUGGCAAAUAAAUAGAACUCAAAAUGCUACUACAACCAACGCAAUUAGUAAUGAAAUGCUUGCUCCAAUAGAGUUUGAACAACUCUGGAACACAACACCUGCAUUCGACAUCCGAGACGGCCAUUUUGCUAAACAGAUACAAACAAUUGCAAAUGAGAGUUACGCUCUUGAAUGA